UGGCAGUUGAAGGAUGCGACGCGGAGCGGCGCGGGCGUGAGCCGCUUAUGCACGUCCACGAGUCCACCUGUGUCACGCCGUCACGCCGCGCGCGUCUGGUCCAGCAGCCGUGCGUGUCUGCGUGUGUUUGCACGCGACGCCGUGCCGACACCGGCGGGCGCACACCAGGAGGCGGGGGCGCAAUAACAGGUGGCUCCGCGUCGCGGCAGGUGAAUCGUCGGACCAGCUCGGACUGGCUUUUUUUGUGCGCUUCGCUCGACCACAGGUUCCCCCGCUCGUUCCCAGUCACCCAUCAUCUUCCAUUGUUUUCGCACUGCUUAUCUCGAUCUUACGUUCGCUCCGAAUCCCGUGGAGGAUCGCACCAGGUGAACCAGCGUCCCGUUCGCCAUCCCAACACUGUGCCGUUGCCCGCAGUUCCCCGUACGGAGGAAUGACGUGCUCGAUGACGCGACGACGUUACAGCUGGACGGCGCCCUGAGGUGAGGCUCAACGACGUCGUCUACGGAGCCUCGGCGCCGAGGAGGCAAUUACGCGAGGAGUCCCGUCGCAUCCGCGUCGACGGUACGCGUCUUGACAGACGCAUGAAAGAUCGGAGCUGCGGCAAGAUCAAGAGCGAGACAAUGCCGCCGUCCUCGCACACCAACUGGACGAGGCCGUUGCUCAAGAGCGGACAGACAAUGCAGAUGCAGGCUGCUAGGCAACAGCCGACGACGGUAACAAUGGCGACGACGACGUCCUCGAUGGCUAUUAGCACUGGAGCACAGAAUCAAAACAUAGCGGAGCAUCCUGCGACACCACUUGACAAGAGAAUCAAAGUAGUCCUAGUGGGCGACGGUGCGGUCGGUAAGACCAGUUUGGUGGUCUCGUACUCCACCAACGGUUUUCCUGGGGAAUACGUGCCAACUGCAUUUGACAAUUACAACGUGGUCGUAAAUGUCGAUGGACAACCAUUGAAUGUCCAAUUAUGUGAUACAGCAGGCCAGGAUGACUUUGACCCUCUGAGAUCGUUGUGCUAUCCCGAGACAGAUGUGUUCCUAGUUUGCUUCAGUGUUGUAUGUCCCUCGUCUUAUCACAGUGUGGCUUCCAGAUGGAUCAAUGAAGUACGAAAAUACUGUCCUAAUGCUCCAAUAAUUUUGGUGGGGACAAAAAGCGACUUAAGAUCGGACGUGCGUUUAAUGCUGCAACUGGCGCGAUAUGGGCAAUCAGCGAUUACUACUAUUCAGGGGCAUCAAUUGGCGCACAGACUAGGCGCCGUCAAUUAUGUAGAGACGUCUGCAUUAACGCAACACGACCUCAAGGAGGCCUUCGAUCAGGCGAUAGUCAGUGCCCUCAAUACGCGACGCGGAGGCGCCAAUUUACUAUACCGGCGUAGGAAGCCGCCUCCGUUGUGGCGUAGAUGGUUGUGUUGCUGGGAACGGCCGUCUUCGAGCGAGACUUAAACAAUCCUUACUUUAAGUGAUAGGACUCUAUACUUCUUUAGAAUCCCUCUGUGAUCAUAGGCGGUCGCCCUCCUUUCUGUCAGAAUCAUCAUCCCUCAGCACGGCAUACUUGGUAGCUAGCGUUGGUUGAGGAUUAUAUAAAAAUAGGGCAGCUAUUACUUUGUUAUUUAGAUUUUAGACAAGACGAUUAUUAAUAGAUACUCGCGUGAGUGAGAGUCGAGAGCAACCCUGUAGUUACACGUGAUGCAUAAUAUAGUUCACUCAUUUCCAUGCAUCAUUUAACACGCAAUUUUAUAUGUGUCUUAAAUACAUUUUUCACGCAUUUCGCGAACUAACAAACUGCCAGAACAAAAUGCCAAAAUACGAUAUUAGUUAGUAAAGUCGUCAGAAAUAACGAUGCCUAAUUCGAAAGAAAAAAAAGAUCCGUAAUCAAGGGUUGUUCGAAAAUAUUGCGGUACAGUUUACAAAUAUAUGAAUGACUUCGUAGAGAGUAAACGUUAAUCAAAUUAACAAUUCCGACAGACGGAGCAAGCGAGUGUCACCUUCGUAAAAUUCCUGAAGCCGCACGGCAUAAUUUAUUGUAAUAUUAAUCGUAUUAAUCAUUAUUUUUGUUACUAGCAUAAUAAUUGGCUACUCGUUGGUUGUGAUUUUUCGUGUACGUAAUAUCCUUGUUUCGUCACGGUAAAGAUCGGUUUUUUCCCAUUUUUUCCCUUCCCCCAUCAAGGAUAUUAGGUGGCUUUUAUUGCGACCACCAUAGCAUAUAACAAUUGUAUAUUUUUUACUUGUUGCAACCUCUCGUAUAUAUAUAAAUAUAUAUAUUUAUUUUUUAAUAUCUUUAUAUAUCGGUAUUUUAGAGAAUAACGAUAGCUUUAACCGAACACUUUUUGCAGAUCAACGAUAUGAUCGUGACAUCACAUAUAGAAUUUAUAUAUAGUAUAUAAGUGUUUUAAGUUCUAAUAAUGGAACAAUGAUAUUUCGUAAAAUACGAUUUUUUUAUAUAAGCGCAUGUGAUGUAGUAACGUUUGUAUGAGCGAUAUCAACCGUAUAAAAGAAUAUCAAAUACAAUGAGAAAGAUAAACGCGAGUACAUAUUCGACGAAUAACGAACGUAUUCGAGAUUGCUAGGAAGAUUGCUGUGAUCUUACUUGAAACUUUCUACUGGUUAUUCUAUUGUGUGUUGCAUAUGGAAUUGUAUGAAUA